UUUUGUCCUGAUGCUGAAUUUAAGCAGUUAUUGCAGAACACAGAAAAACGUCGUCCUCAUGGCUAUUUUCUCGGACAGUUAACUUUACGCCAACAAUAUACUCGCGUUUUAUAACAGCUUUUAUUUGCCCUAUUUAUUCUGAGACAGUUCAGAUUUUAUGUCGCAUAUUUAUUCAUAGUUUCAAAACGUUAACAUGGCUACAGCAAGCGGCAAUUGCAACCACGGCGGCGCCGGUUCAGAGAAGGACAGGUUGGUUUCCUCUGUUUCACCUCACGGCUACGGCUCCAGCGACAGCAGCGACAAGCAUGUUCACCACAGACCCAGCCAUGGCAACCCCCGGUUGCCCACGGCGAAUGCGGGGGGCUGGCUGGGGGUGGAGCAGGAAGAAGAGGCCCUGCGCAGGAAGCUCAAGUACUUCUUCAUGAGCCCCUGUGACAAGUUCCACGCCAAGGGCCGCAAGCCCUUCAAACUGGGCCUGCAGCUGCUCAAGAUUGUCAUUGUCACCGUGCAGCUGGUGUUGUUUGGCCUCAGCAACCAGAUGGUGGUGACGUUCAAGGAGGAGAACACAUUGACCUUUAAGCACAUCUUCCUGAAGGACUAUGACGAGGGCUCCGACGACACGUUCGCAGUGUACACACAGAGUGAUGUCUAUGAACACAUCUUAUAUGCCUUAGACCAGUAUUUGGUGCUACCCGAGACGACGGUGGGACGCUAUGCGUAUGUCUAUGGGGUCGGGGUGAACGGGAGUGCCCUCUCUCUCUGCCAGCAAUACUACAAGAAGGGCAGCAUCGAUCCCGCCAAUGAUACCUUCAACAUUGACCCUCAUGUUAUCACAGACUGUGUGGGGGUUAACCCUCUGUCAGUCCCUCGGGCGCCUUUAAGCAGUGACUAUAAGAACUUUACCCUCAAGUUCCACAAACUCAUAAAUGUGACGAUACAGUUCCAACUAAAGGCCAUCAACAUUCAGACCAUCAUCAACAACGAGAUUCCUGACUGUUACACGUUCUUCAUAACGAUAGUCCUGGACAACAAGGCUCACAGUGGUAAAGUGAGGAUCAGUCUGGAAAACCAGGCUUUUAUAAAGGAGUGUAAAGACCCCAGUGUGUCUGGCCACGCGGAGAACUACACGCGGCUAACGUUUGACGUGGUGGUGGCGAUCGUUUGUAUGCUGUCCCUGGUGCUGUGUGGCCGCUCCAUACUCCGAGGCAUCAUACUACAGGCCGAGUUUGUCGAGUUCUUCAAGACUAACCUGGGCCGGAAUGUAAGCUGGGAUGAAAGGAUGGAAUUCAUCAAUGGCUGGUACAUCCUGCUCAUCAUCAGUGACGUCCUCACCAUCAUCGGCAGCUUCAUCAAGAUCAGCAUCGAGUCCAAGAAUUUCUCGUCGUAUGACGAGUGUGGCAUCCUGUUGGGGACCUCCACCUUGUUGGUGUGGGUUGGAGUCAUUCGCUACCUCAGCUUCUUCCAGAAGUACAAUAUCCUGAUCGUGACCUUGCGAGCUGCGUUCCCCAACGUGAUCCGGUUCUCCUGCUGUGUAGCUGUGAUCUACCUGGGCUACUGCUUCUGUGGCUGGAUCGUGCUGGGGCCCUAUCACGUCAAGUUCCGCUCUCUCUCCAUGGUGUCGGAGUGCCUGUUCUCGCUGAUCAACGGCGAUGACAUGUUUGUGACCUUCUCGGAGAUGCAGGAGAGCAGCACGCUGGUGUGGGUGUUCAGCCAGGUCUACCUCUACACCUUCAUCUCCCUCUUCAUCUACAUGGUGCUCUCGCUCUUCAUCGCCCUCAUCACCGGCGCCUACGAAACCAUCAAGCACCAAACCCAGGAGCCCUACCACAUUACGGACCUGCACGCCUUCAUCGCAGAGUGCACUGACACGCCCAGCUCGGGGAAGUUCCAGGGCCUUGAGACCUCGCCCUGCUCCUUCUUCUGCUGCUGUGACAGAACGACAACAUACGAGGAUGUCCUUUUGGUGAACUGACUGGGCUGGGGUGUCUGGACCUACAGCGCUUUCUGCUGGCUGGAGUGCCACACUGCAUCCAGAUUUUAAUUGUCGUUACCAUCAAAUCUGGGUCAGACAUGAGCACUUACUUGAAUGAGGAGCCUCAGUUCAACCAUGUACAAACAGAGGACUAUGAGCUGAAAGCCUAGUCUUUUUUGAGUGGAUUCAUUGAAGAGACCGCCUGCGUUUUGUGAAUGUUAUAGGGAUGUUGCCUGGAUGUUGUACAGUAACAUACAACUCAACACAGCAUUCCCCACACAGAAAGAGAACAGUAUUUUGCCAAAAUCUGGAUAUACGCACACAGUGCUAGCACAGCACUGUCUUCAAAAUCCAUACUUGCUGAGGGCCAUAGCGCAAUGUGGAAUGUCUUGUUAGCACUAAUGCUAACGUUUAGCUGUUUUUAAUUGUUUUACAUGGGUUUUUAGGUGUUAAGCUGCACAAGAGACAAGAACUGGAACUGGACAAAGCAUGUUUUUAUUAUAUAUAUAUAUAUAAUGUCAGAAGUUCUGGUUAUAUAUGAAGGGGAUGACAAUUACAUGCAUACUUCCUACUAGGCCAGAGACUGCUCUGGGCGAGCACUUCCACUGUCCCUAAGGAGAGAGCAUUUAAGCCCAAUUCACAUGACUCACGCAAGAACGUCAUUGCCCUGUCAUGAGGCGCAAGCCCAGCAAGAACUGCUGAGAGCAAGGCUGGCUUCGUCGCAGCGCUUUGGGUUACCACCGUCGCACUCAGAGUUCAAGUAAAUGGAACUUAAACCCUGCACUGCGCCUGGACCCAAUGGCUCACUCAGUGGCCUUUAAUCUUUGCUCAGAUGUACAUCUCCUGCCCAAUGGGCUGUGUUUAGACAGGCAGCCCAAUUCUGAUAUUUUUCCCACUAAUUGGUCUUUAAUCACACUUUUUCAGAGCUGAUCUGAUUGGUAAAAAAUACCAAUGAGUGAAAAUAAGAUCAGAAUUGAGCUGCCUGUCUAAACGCAGCCAUAGUAUUUCAGCGUUUAAGACCGAUCAAUUAAAAAAACAGUACUCACACCCAGGUGCUGGUGCUGGUCUCCAGGAACAGUAUCCAUAGAAUUGUUCUAUAGUUUGUUGGACAUAGAGAUGCAGUGCAUCAUCUCAAGCCCACCUACAGUACCAGUAGUUACAGUAGGUGUUAAUCCGAUGACACAGCACACAGGGUAAAUGUCAAGACUAUUGUUGAUUUGUACGUGUUAAGUUGUCCUGUUCACGAUGCACAAAUGAUGCUUUUUAUCGCUACAUGCUGAACACCGCUUCAUCAGAGUUCAUUUGAAAGGGGACCAGCAGUGAAGUAGUCAAAUCCUCUCUGAAUCUCAGAAAUCCACUAACGCACUACCCAUCAUGGCACAACAUUCCGGUCGCAAUGGAAAUGUGAAUUUCCAAUUUUGCCUGACCUAAAUGUAACUUCCUUAAAUGAGGAAACUAAUGAUGGGAAAAUGGAGAGUUCAUCUAUUUUUUGUGAAUUUUAAAAGGCCUAAGCUCCAGCCAUGGACAAUAUGGAUGGAGAAGUGCAGAUAUUUGCGAGCACUGCAGUAAUGCCUGUGAUGUUGACCCAGAAGAAUGCUCUUACAUAUGUUUUGUUCCCAUUCUGUUUUAUGUCUCAUAAUGAUGUCUAGUUUAAAACAAACGAUUGCUUUGUCCUAGUGAAAGUUUAAAUUAUUUAGUUUUUUUUUUUAAUGUUGGGUUGUUUCUGUAUCUAGAGAAAAACGCACAAGGGGAGUGUGGUCUUCAAGUUCAGGCUCCAGAAAGUGGUCAUGCAUUGAGCUUUGUACUCCAAUCGAUAUUGAAGGAAAAAAACAAAAUGUUUUUAAUAUGUUAUAGGCCUGCUUCCAUUUCGGUCCCUAGCUCCUUCUAAAUGUGAACAUUUUAGCGUUGAUAGAUUCCAAAGAACCUCACAAUGUGUAGGCAAAGUUGUAUGGGAAUGGCGCCACCUAGCCUCCCAAAUAGGCUAAAAGCAGAGCUUUCACCAUAUAACUUUCACUUACCCAGUUCUUUAGGAUCUGAGAACACCAAAGGGCUGGAGGCUACGAGAAGUGGCUAGGGGCCGAAAUGGUACUGGUCCAUAGCCUGUCUGUCGGUUAGUGAAGAGUCAUGUAGCUCUUAUUUUAAUGGUCAUAUAGUACAUUUAAAUUAAAUGUAUGUUCUUAACUAAGCAGUACACACAUAGGAUUUGUUUUUGGCCUUGCGUUUGUAUAUUGUAGUAUUAGACACUUAGAUGUCCUGUUCGAGCAGUCUGUAGACAUGUAUACAGUUCAUUGUGUAAACUCUUCUAUGUUGAUCUUACUUGAACAUUGUUUUGAGUAUGUUGGAUCUCUGUGCCAGACUCUGUAUGAUGCCAAACCACUGAUGAUUAAAUGCCUGUCUGUUUUGUUCAUGUUUGAGUUAGUGCCUUGCAAAAGUAUUCGUCCCCCUUGGUGUUUUUCCUAUUUUGUUGCAUUACAACCUGUAAUUUAAAUGGA